GAGCUAAUAAUGACCAAAGACUCCGACCAGGCUCAUUUUUUGCCAUUCAAUAAUGUCGCUUUUGCAUUUUCACGACGGCGACGACGUCUUUUUUGUUAUUAAACAUUACCGCCAUAUUUAAAAAUGAUUUGAACUACUUGAUAUACGUUAUCUAUGUAACACGUGUAAACAAAACGUAGCAUAUGUGGACAAAACUGCACGUAAAAUAUAAAAAUUUAACUCUUGUCCUUACUAAAAGAAUACGAACAUGUAAAUGCAGCCUAAAAGGUUGAUGUUAUCGAAACGCUACAAAAGAAAUUUGAUACACUAUUUAAUACACAAAUUAAUGGCCAAUAAGGUAUAGCUUUGCUGGAAGUAAUCCAAAACGUUUUAGCGGAAUAGUUGUUAACUUGGCUAAUUACAUCAAAUUCAAUUUGAUUUUGUUAACAAACAAUUCCAGCCAUGUAGGUAAUUAUUUUUGUUAAAAUAAAUUUUUUUUACACUAAAAUUGUGUCGACGAACAAAUAGAUUUUUUGUUUUUAUUUACGAUUGUGUUUCAUAACAAUGGUCCAUGAAAAGAUAGUGAAUAUCUGCUAGUUGAUAGUAAGGUCUUUAGAAUGUCAAAAUUUUUAAUUGAAUAUCUUGUCUGAUCCCUGUGGUUUACAUACUUAAACAACGGGAGCUGGUGCAUGUCCAGUUUAAAAAAUGCUAGAUAUUAUGCAACAUGCGUGGUUGUUUUACUCUCAAUUUUUGUAAGCUUUAAAUGGUAAGUGCUAGCCGAGACAAGUUAAAUAUAUGCUAUUGUAUAAGCGUAACAUUUAUAAGCAUCCGUAGUGACGUUUAAGUUGUAAUUACUGAUAUUCAAAACUCAAAUGCGAUAUUUUUAUUUGAGUACAUAUUAUGAGCCAUUUUCCACAGGAUUUUUUUUAACAAAGCUAUCCCACCCCCCGAGACAAGUUGCAUAAAUACAACGGAUAAAGAACGAGAAACAGGAAACAUUAUUAAAACAUGGUACCCAUGGAGCCAAACGGCCUAGCAAUAAGGCAUUAUAAAUUUUUAACAACUUUUGUAAUUAAUUUUUCACUUUCAUAAUAAGCUUUCUCAACUGUAUGUGUAUUAAAAUUUAUCAAAAGAUAUGCAAAUAUAAACUUGUGUACACAGCAGUAUCACUCGCUCUUCAUGUGUUUUGCUUUGCUCGAACACCUGAAUAAACAAACAAAUCACCAGUCUUCAAAUCAUCUUUUAAAAAUAAUGGUAGAAUCCAAUAUUAAAUUUUAAACUUGUUUCAGGUCGUUUUUAGCACGUUUUUUAUUCAACAGCUUCUACACCAUGGUUUAUUCGGUUACUUGGUGUACAUUGCUUGUUGUUUUUUCAACCUAUUUUGUCGUAAUUGAGACCUGUGGUGGAGGGAGCAAAAAGUGCUCAUGGACAACCUGUAGAACUCAGUACACUUCGUUUUCUCCACAGCCAUCAUCUGGCAGGUGCGUAUGGCAAAAGAGCAUAGCAAAGCAUAUAUACUCAACACAUUCAAGAGAUGGUGGAUGUCCGGGCAGUUCAAAGUGUACCGGGAGUGAUAAAUCCAGAUAUUACUGUUCGUGCAAGCAGAUUAGACAUUGCUGGUGGGCAAGUUGGCAGGCAUGGACCGGUAGCGUUUCUCAUGGCAAGUGUGGCACUCAAAGGAGAUACAGAAAAGGAGAAAAAAGUUACACUUAUGCUGGAAAGGAAUCUAAUUGCAAUGGAGUUGUCACCAAAUGUCCUCGUGACAUUGAUGAAGAGAGAAGGACUUGGUGCAAUUGCAGAAAAGCAGAAACAUGUACGUCUGGUCAGUGGACAGGCUGGUCACCAUCAGUAAAUAAUGGCAAAUGUUUGAAACAACUGAGAUAUCAAGACAAAAUCCCCAAAUAUAGAUAUAUUCAACAACAAAGUAAUUGUUUUGGAAUCAAUCCUAAUUGUCCACCGAGAAUUACAGACAGCAGGACUUUUUGUCGAUGCCCGUAUAAAGAAUGCAUAGAAGGUAGUUGGACCGCGUGGGAACUUCACAGUUGGACAGGAAAUUGUCCCACUGAAAGAAGAUUAAAGAAAUACAGAUCGAUUACAAAAUACAAAGAUUCUUACGGAAACUGUCAAGGCAUUGGACCACAGUCAUGUCCCGAUCCUGUUGGUGCCACCAGAGAAAAAGAGAUCACGUGUGCAAAACUUCCAGUUCCAGUUAACGGUGCUCAUAUGAACCCUGCGUGUGAUGGUGUUAACAGCAAAUGUAAAGCCAUAUGUCAGAUUUCAUGUAACAAAACAUUCAUAUUGGAAGGCAACAGAUAUUUGACGUGUCAAGGCGAUGGAAAAUGGAGUGGUGUUCAGGGAAAAUGCAAAGAUGCUCAACCACCUGUUAUAACUUGUCCUAUAAUCCAUCCUUUCAACAACACUCCAAAUGAAAACUAUGGAAUAGUCGACCUGCCUGAUGCAACGGCGACCGAUAAUACAGGUCUAAAGCCUACAAUUACGAUGGAUAAAACAUCUCCAUUAAAAGUCUUUAUUAAUUCUCCCGUGAAAGUUCGAUACACGGCGACUGAUGACUCUGGAAAUAGUAAAUCUUGUGAAGUAACUAUUGAAGUAAAAGAUACUGAACCACCUAAAGUGGUCAGCUGUCCGCAUGACAAAGUUUUCCAAACAGGAAAAGUACCCAUGCAAGUAUUUUGGGGUGAGCCGCAAUUUUAUGACAACGCUGACAAAGAUAAUGUCAAUGUCCAUCCAAGUCACGUCAACGGUGACAAUUUUCAACGAGGAAAACAUCUUAUCACAUAUCUUGCGCGAGAUAAAGCAUUGAACUACGUAAAGUGUACCUUUUCAAUUCAAGUAGAACUAAUGCAGUGUCCAGUGUACGACCCACCAAAGCAUGGCUCAGCGAGUUGUAAUAUAAGAAAAGACGGAGUUGUCGAGACUCAUAUCUGCACGGUUUCAUGCAAGCAGGAUACUUGGUUUAUGAAGGGACCGAACAUCCCAACCUUAUAUCAUUAUUAUGUGUGUGGGGAACAUGGUCAAUGGAGAGGUCAAAAUACCUUUAAUCCUACCAGCCCAACAAAUUUUGUACCAAUUCCUAAAGGUCAAACUCCCUGGCCUGAUUGUGCCAUUGGAAAUGCUCCAGACGGUGUGACCAUGGAGUUUCAAGUGUUUGGCAGUAGCUGUAAAGACAAUACUGAUAAGUUGAAGAAAGAUUUCAUCGCAGCGAUGAAAAAUGAUAUCAUCAUUAACAACUUAUAUUGUCUCAGUAGCGCAACACACUGUGUUAUUGAGAAUUUUGUAGUAUACUGCGCAACUAAAAAGAAACGAAGCACUGGUGGCUCUACCAACCAAGUUGUCAUUAAAUUUACGCUCGCAGUUCGAGAUAAAAAACCAUCUACACAAAAACUCGAAAUGAAGAAGUUAAACGCGAUGACGCAAUCUCUGAAUAAUCAAAAAUCAAUGUUGCUCGACAAGGUUAAAAAGGUCGCACCAAGCCUUCUGAAGGCAACAGCCACAGUUGAUGCACGAAAUGCAGAAAUAUCAUGCAAGCCUGGCUAUGAGUACAAAAUUGUUGACGGUAACCAGGAUGCAAGUGAAAGAACUAAAUGUUUAAAAUGUCCACGUGGUACGUAUUAUGAUCAAAAGACAAAGCAGUGUGCCGUAUGCAAAGUUGGCUACUAUCAAGAAAAUGAAGCCUCGCUUUCAUGCAAAAAAUGCCCAACUAAAACUUCAACCCAUGGUUCGCUUUCACAUGACUACCACCAGUGUCGGGCAAUUUGCCAACCUGGAACAUACUCAUCAACUGGCUUGGCAACUUGUCUCGCUUGCCCUAUGUCAACAUAUCAACCGCUAGAAAACAGCACAUCUUGUAUUGCAUGUCCAUCUGGAAAAGUGACGUCACAUAUUGGAUCAACAUCUAUUCAACAAUGUUCGCAGCCUGGCGUUGAUGUGGUGAUUCAUUCUGAAGGGUUUGGUGAUCCAGGAAAAACAGGAUUAAAUGGUGUCUCUACGAUCACUGUGAACGGACAAGAUUACUCCCCUCAUAAAAGGGGUUUCAAUUUUGUUGUUCUUGACGCUUUUACAGGAAAAUUUUUACAAGCAAACGCGUUUGAUUGGCAUGGGGAUUAUGGUAGUUGUGGAAAAACAUAUAACUGGAUUUCAAACUUAAAAGAUGAGGUUAUUGUUUUGGCUGCUAUACAAGAUGAGGCAACUUCAGCUGCACACUAUGUCGAAUGUUUUAAAGCACUCGAGAUCAUUGGUGGAAAACGUCCAUUUCAAACGGAGUACCGUUCAUCUUUUGCUUUGAUUGGCUACAAAGGCAAACGCGUUGUUGAUUGGGUGAAACAGAAGAAAAGCUAUUUUGGAAGAGGCCCAACCGGCUUAAAGGACAGUAUAAAGUUGUUGAAGUGAAGAAGCUUAAUACCAACGCUUCCUUAUUGUAAAAAUUAAAUGAUGCAGAAAAAUUAAAAGUAAA